AUGCAAAGUUCGAAUAGUGUACCAAACUUGAGAGACCACUCACAAUAUGAACAAACAUUUUCAUUACCUCCUAUAAAUAAAAUGAGUGAAUCCUAUUUAGAUGGAUUAUUAUCUGAAUUAGGAGGAAUGAGGCUAAAUCAACGUACGUUAUCGGAUCCGCACCAGCAGCAGGAUGUACCUUAUUGGUUGAAUGAUCUCCUUGACGACGACGACGAGCCUGAACAAGAAGAGAAACUUGCUAAUUGUGUAAGCAGAAGUCAUAGAAGAUCAUCGAGUGACUCAAUAGCAUUCUUAAAUAAUAAAAAUAUUCUUCUUCAAGAUCCUGAUAGGAAUAUUAAUGUACCAGUAUUCUUUUCUUCUUCUAAAAAUAAAAACUACUGA